UCCGUCAACUGUCACGAUUCAGUUGUGGCGCCAUCAGUGCUAUCCGCUUCACUCUCUUCCUCUCCCGGCAGUUCCUCUUUUUCAGCUGUCGAUUCGGCCACGACUGCGGACACCUUCCACUUUGUCUGUUUCCUACCCAUUGGUCGAUACCUCUAUGAACUGGAUGGACUGAAGACAGCCCCAAUCAAUCACGGCCUGCUGAAGGAUCCACAUUCACAUCGCGGUUGGACCAACCAAUGUACGGAAAUUUUACGUCAGCGAAUGAAAGAGCAAGAGGUCCGUUAUAACCUCAUGGCUGUUGUGCCCGAUCGACGUAUCGCCCUGAACGACCGCAUAGGCAGUCUGCGGAAGAAUAGACUCAUUGUGACUCGCAGCAUUCGUCAGCGAGCUGAAGUGACGGCGACACUCGCUACUCCCCAAGCCCCACCCUCGGACUAUAAACAAGAACGACCCGAGGCCAGCACCACCCUGUGCGAUGGCAUGAUAAAGGAGGAGGAGGAGGGCGCGGAGGAGGUGAUGGUGGUGGUGGAAAACGAACAGCAUGCAGGCGGUGAUGGAGCCGAGGGACUGGAAAAAGAAGCCACUCCGUCAACGCCCAGUCACCACCCUCCGAACUCCCAAAUCCUUAAACCGUUGGCCGUCCGUCGUCUCCUCAGUGACAACGGGAUGACUCAGGGUUUGGAAUUACAGUAG